GUCUGUUCGAAUUACGAAACGCACCUCCGGCUCGCCGUAUGUGUUCCGCUGGAGCAACACGUGUGAUCUGAACACGUUUAUCAUCGUGACGGGUUUUGUGCUGUAGCGAUCGGUGUAGAUCUGUCGUGUCAAGCGUCAAGUUUCCAAAAAUCUCAUCUUCAGUUCGCCUGGCUGUGGUUGGCAGUAUGAAGUAUAUUCUGGUGACGGGCGGCGUGAUCUCGGGCAUCGGGAAAGGCAUUAUAGCCAGCAGCGUGGGAACCAUCCUCAAGUCCUGCGGCCUGCACGUCACAGCCAUCAAGAUCGACCCGUACAUCAACAUCGAUGCGGGGACCUUCUCGCCGUACGAGCACGGUGAGGUGUUUGUUUUGGAUGAUGGCGGAGAGGUGGAUUUGGAUCUGGGCAACUACGAGCGUUUCCUGGACAUCAGACUCACCAAAGACAACAACCUGACCACCGGGAAAAUCUACCAGUCUGUCAUCAACAAAGAGCGCAGGGGAGAUUACCUGGGCAAAACCGUACAGGUGGUGCCACACAUUACUGAUGCUAUUCAGGAGUGGGUGAUGCGUCAAGCUAAAGUUCCUGUGGAUGAUGACGAUGUUGAGCCCCAGGUUUGCGUCAUUGAGUUGGGGGGUACGGUCGGAGAUAUAGAGAGCAUGCCUUUCAUCGAGGCCUUCAGACAGUUCCAGUUUAAAGUGAAGAGAGAGAAUUUCUGCAACAUUCACGUCAGUAUGGUGCCACAGCCCAGCGCUACAGGAGAGCAGAAGACCAAACCCACGCAGAACAGUGUGAGGGAGCUCAGAGGCCUGGGACUGUCACCUGACCUGGUAAUGUGUCGCUGCUCCACUCCACUUGAUAACUCGGUGAAAGAGAAGAUAUCCAUGUUCUGUCAUGUGGAACCUGAACAGGUGAUCUGCGUACACGAUGUGUCGUCCAUCUACAGAGUGCCACUGCUCUUAGAAGACCAGGGCGUUGUGGGAUACUUCUGUCGCAGACUGAACCUGCCCAUUGAAACCAGACCCAGGAAAAUGCUGGCGAAGUGGAAAGAGAUGUCAGACAGGUCAGACAGGCUGUUGGAGCAAUGCUCCAUUGCUCUGGUGGGGAAAUACACCAAGUUUUCAGACUCGUAUGCCUCCGUGAUCAAAGCCCUGGAACACUCUGCUCUCGCCAUCAGCCACAAACUAGAGGUUAAGUACAUUGACUCUGCAGAUUUGGAGGCCGGUAUGUUACAGGAGGACCCUGUGAAGUACCACGAGGCCUGGCAGAAACUCUGCAGUGCCGAUGGGAUUUUAGUGCCUGGAGGUUUUGGAGUACGAGGGACGGAGGGCAAGAUUCAAGCCAUCAGCUGGGCCAGGAAACAGAAGAAGCCUUUCCUCGGUGUGUGUUUGGGGAUGCAGCUGGCUGUGUGUGAAUUUGCUAGGAACAUGUUGGAUUGGAAAGAUGCCAACUCCACCGAGUUUGACCCGGAAACGAAAUAUCCCGUGGUGAUUGACAUGCCAGAGCACAAUCCAGGCCAGAUGGGAGGAACUAUGCGGCUGGGGAAACGCAGAACCAUCUUCAAAACCAAAAACAGCAUACUUCGAAAACUUUAUGGAGAUGUAGAUUAUGUUGAGGAAAGACACAGACAUCGCUUUGAGGUGAACCCAGAGCUGAAGCAGCAUUUCGAGGAGAAGGGCUUUCAUUUUGUGGGUCAGGACGUGGAGGGUGAGAGAAUGGAGGUCAUCGAGCUGCUCGAUCACCCGUAUUUUGUUGGUGUCCAGUAUCACCCAGAGUUCACAUCCAGACCCAUUAAGCCGUCUCCGCCGUACUUGGGCCUGCUGCUGGCCGCAGCCGGGGGGCUUCCAGCGUAUCUUCAGAAGGGCUGUCGGCUCUCACCACGAGAAACAUACAGUGACCGGAGCGGCAGCAGUUCUCCAGACUCAGAGAUCGCAGACUUCAAACUAUGCUCACUCGCUCAGGAAUGAAUCUGUUAAUGGGUCUGCUUCCUGAAAAGGACAUACUACUGGAAUGCGGUUUAAGUUGUCGUUUCAUGGGAACAGGAUUUGACACGAAGACUUGCAGCUCCAUUUGUAUUGAACUCAUUUUCCAUUGUACAUGAUUAAACUUGUGGAAGUUAUGUAUAAAUGUGCUGUGGUCAACUGUUAUGGAACAUUUAGUUGUCAUCUGUCCAUUUUGUGAAAUACUGAAGUGUUCUAAAAAAACUUUUUUACUGAUACUGUAGUGUUGGAAAUAUUUUGCAUUUAAUGUUUUAGUUUUUGCAAAAUGUAAAUAAAGUCAUGGAUAUUUUCUACCCUACUCAUUUAGUAUAAAUUUUGCAUUAAGCCCAGCAUACUGUUGCUGUUUGAGGUGGUUUACUUAAGGUAAGCAUUUAAAGAGACAUGUCAAAGAAACCCACACACAAUCCAAGUUCAGUAGCGUGCAGCUAACAUGUGUCUUUAUUUUACAGAGUUGAUCCAACAAACAGCAUCAGAUAAGCAAGACCCGAUCCACACUUUAUUAGGUUUGACUUGCACCACUCCUGUUACAACUUCCACUCACUGGUCAGGAGCUGCUGAAGAAGAAAGAAAAUAAUUAGUGUGAGUCUUAAUAGACAGCACAGACGCCUCAAAUAGAGGAGCACUGAUCUCAGUCCCAUAUCCGCAAGUUUCAUCCAGCAGUCACCAAUAAAAAUCUCAUCCUUGAUCAGGAAUCACUGUACUUGAUUAAGAGCGGACAGCAACAUACCUGCACGAGCUCCAGCAGUCCUACAGGCCAUCAGCACCUGUAACAGAGCACACAACUCUCCAUGCAGCACGACUUCAGCGGCCAGUGCAGAGUGUCGGACAGUCGAGUGACCGAUGCAGACACCUGCAGCCGGACCGCUCUGUUGGAGAACCUGGAGCACGCUGACAGCGCAGAUUCUCAGGAAACGUGCAGAAACACUUCAGAUGCUGACCUUGCACGGACCCACAGGACAGACGUCUUCUCACGGAGCGCACUGCAGCACCUGAGAUGGCAAACACAACAUUAGAGACAAAGAUACCAAUGGAACACCAUUAAUAAUAAUAAAAAGGUUAGAUUUGGCUCAGGAGCGUUUCUUUGAGUGUCAUAAUAGAGAUGCUCUCUCAGAGAGGGCAAGUUUGUCAUCACAGCCAGCACUAAAACAACAAACCUUAAACAGAUACCAACCUCUUACAGAAGGCGCACUUCGACCAUCUCAAGCAGUAUUUUGAUGAUGGGACAGCUUUUCUAUAAAAAUCAACUCAUUUUGCAUCAUCUGACCUGCAAGAGAGGAACAGCUAACGUUAGGCAGGGCUACUUAAAGACAGACACCCGUGAAGACGAGUUUCGGUUGUCCUUUUCCUUAAUGUUGCUGGGACAGCUACAGGGGAGCCGUUCAGCGACCGUCGGUAAAAGUGUUGCUUUUGGCUCCUGUUUGACCGACCCCGUUAUAGAGGAACGGGAACGGCUUCGAUCAGGGCCACGGUUUCAGUCUCAC